UGAGGCAGCAGCCAAAGGCGGCUCUGUUCCGUGCAGGGGAAAUGGGCGUGCUGGCUGGAAUCUUUGGAUGGACUGAUUCAGAAAACAAAGUAGGUGUGGCUGGAAAAGGAGAAGACCAUCAGAAGUGAACGAGUGCUGUAGAGUUUAUAGCACGGCAGCUCUGAAGAACAAGCAAAACAUCAGGGGGAUUAAAAAUGCCUUACUUGCUUAUGUUUGUGAUGCUGUUGCAUCUGAUCACACUGGCCAUGCUCUUCAUUGCAACCAUGGAGAAGUCCUGGUGGGUGUGGGACGGGCUGGAGAACUCUGACCUCUGGUACAACUGCAUGUUUGACAAUUCUUCAGGAACCUGGUUGUGUGCAUCCUCCAAAGAAAACGAGUGGCUUCAGGCAGUGCAGGUCCUCAUGGUCCUCGCCGUAGUCUUCUCCUCCAUCUCCUUCUUGGUCUUCCUGGGUCAGCUGUUCACCAUGUCCAAAGGGGGACUCUUCUACUUCACCGGCCUGUGUCAAAUCUUUGCAGCUCUGAUGGCGUUUUCAGCAGCCCUCAUCUACACGCUGCACAGAGAAAAAAUCCUUCAGCACAACAAAGAUCUAAUCACGGGUCACUACGGCUACUGUUUCAUCUUGGCCUGGGUGUGCGUCCCGCUGCUGCUGUGCAGUGGCGUCCUGUACAUCCACCUGCGUAAGAAGGAGUGAACACAAAACAAACAAACAAAAAAAAACCCAACAACCAAAAACUGUCAGCACUGAAGGAAACAGCGCCACCUUGACUUCGGUGUCACCACACGUUAUAAUUGUUUUGUCAUAUGUCACUGUUAUUGUUGAAUAUUUCAGCAUUAUUGCCCAAGUUUGAUGUCAUUUUGCAAAACUGCACUUAUAUUGCAAAAAAUAUCAUCAAGCGUAUGAUGAAUUAUCACUAAAUAGACAAUACUAUCCAUGCAUAGUAAGGGCUACAACAAGCUGACAUUUGACCCCAUUGACCUUCACAAAACUGACUGACCCCUGGCUUACCUUGCCAGGGUAAUUCUGAAAUCCACCCAAGUGUGUGCAACAUUUUGACCAAAUCAGGUUGAAAAAAUAAAAAUCAAUUUUCCUUGACUUUUGCUCAAAUUAAUUCCAGAACACACUUCUGUAUGUGAGUCACGUUUGUUGAAAAUCAAAGUAAACAGACACCAAUGACCUUGACCCUACUGACUGACUUGUGGCAAAUCUGAUCUCCUCUUAUUAAUUCUACCUGCACAUGUGUGCCAAGGUUGGUGCAAAUGAGAGUGAAAAAUUAUCAUUUUAACCUUUGACUCCAAUGAUCUUUAUCUUUUGCCUUUAAAAAAUAUUUCUGGGCUUGACUGUCAGCCCCAUGUCAAGUUUAGUGGAAAUUGGCCUAACGACCUGGGAGAAGCAGGGGAAUAAAAAGAUAAGCCAAAAUUUUGACCUUUGACUCCAAUGACCUUGCCCUUUGCCAAAAAAAAAACCUCUUAAAGUCAGUUCUGUUUGCUGUAAAUUUCCCCUAAGACC